AUGGCGGAGGUGGAGGCAAGCGGGGGCGGGGAAGGCCAGGGGACGGGGAGGGUGAUGGUGGCUCUCGACGAGAGCGAGUGCAGCCUCUACGCUCUCGAAUGGGCGCUGGAGAAUCUCCGGGAAGCCGUCGCCGCUACAGGCGGCGGGCCCCCCCUGAUCGUCUUCACGGCGCAGCCCCUCGCCAAUCUGAGCUACAUCCCCGCCGCCACCUACGGCUCCGCCCGUAUGUUCACUGCGAUGACUGCCCGUCAGUCUCUCUCUCUAUCUCUAUCUAUCGCUUCCCCCCACCGAUCGGCACGGAUGAUUUCCUUCUGGCCUCUGGGAGAUAGGUCUUGAUUUGUAAUGACCUGAAGCUGAUGAUGUUCUUCCCCAAUCUUCGUCUCGCAGCUCCGGAGCUGGUCCGGUCUCUCCAGGAACACCAGAGGAAGCUCUCGCUGGCUCUGCUGGAGCGCGCCAAGGAGGUCUGCGCCAAGCACGGGGUACGGACUCCCAACGAUUCUACGAGAGAGAGAGAGAGAGAGAGAGAGAGAGAGAGAGAUUUCUUCCUGCACCGAUAAUCUGAUGGGUUUGGAUGGUGGCGGGGCGACUGCGCAGGUGAAUGCGGAAGCAAUCAUGGCCGUGGGGGACGCCAAAGAAGCCGUCUGCGAGGCCGUCGAGAAACAUGGCGUCAAGCUCCUGGUUCUGGGCAGCCAUGGGAAAGGAACCUUCCAAAGGUCAUCGCUUCUCCCUCCCAUUUCUUCGGAGGAAUUCCGUCCCCUUGGUUCGUUCGACCAGGCUGACGACGGUACGGUGCGUGAAACAGGGCCUUCCUGGGGAGCGUCAGCAACUACUGCGUCCAUCACGCCAAGUGCGCUGUCCUCGUCGUCAAGAAAUGA